AUGUACAUGUCACGAGUGAAGGAGACUCCACCAAAAUCGCCACUGUAUGGUCCACGCCUUGUUGCCUCUAGCUCAUCGAUUAAUUCCAUGGCUUUGACCUUUGGUGCACCACUAACUGAGUAACUGUUCCCUCGAUAAUGACUUGCCGCACGUAGUGUGUCCCAGCAAGUCAAAUCAUCUUGUAAUUCUUUAGUCACCUACACGGAUAGAAGUAGAACUUAA